UAUUUUGCACUCAACUCUAAAGCCCUUUGAUAUACUCUUUUGCAUAUUCCUUCUAUAUCUCCGACUCUGCUCCUCGGCUCUCGCUCUCUGUGCGAUCGAAAAGAUUCUCUGAGCGUCUGUGGUUUUUGCUGAAACCGCGAAGAUGAGCCGUCAUCCUUCUGUGAAAUGGGCCCAGAGGUCUGAUCAGGUUUUCAUUACUAUAGACUUGCCUGAUGCCCAGGAUGUGAAGCUUAAACUAGAGCCUGAAGGAAAAUUUUUCUUCUCUGCUACCAGUGGAGCAGAAAAGAUACCGUAUGAAGUUGACGUAGAUCUGUAUGACAAAGUUGAUGUAAAUGAGAGCAAGGCUAACAUUGGCUUGAGAAAUAUAUGCUACCUAGUGAAAAAGGCUGAGAACAAGUGGUGGAGCAGAUUGCUGAAGCAGCAGGGGAGACCUCCUAUUUUCUUGAAAGUUGAUUGGGAUAAAUGGGUUGAUGAAGAUGAGGAGCCGGAAAAAAAACCUGGAACUGAUAUGGACUUUGGCGACUUUGAUUUUUCUAAGCUGAAUAUGGGUGGUGGUGAAGGCUUGGACGCUGGUGCUGCUGGCAGGGAUUAUGAAGAAGACGAGAGUGACACAGAGGAGGAAAAUAUUGAACAAGCACCACCUGCUGGUGGUGAGCCUGAUGCAAAAGCUUCUCUUGGUGGUGAAUCUGGUGGCGAGCCUGAUGCAAAAGCUUGAAGCUUUGGGUCCGAUGUGGUUGGCUAACCCUAUUUUGCCACUUAGUUUAAUGUUUUGACCUACAAAUGGUGAAUGUUUUGCUUCACAUAUCUUGCCUUUUUUACUUUUGCUUGGAGGGAUGAGGUGGUAUUAGUUUUAACUCGGUGUUGGUGAGCUUUACGUUCCUGGUUUACGACUCUACACAUAUAUGUUAGUCUUCUUUGUUGACAA